CCGGACUUUGCACAGAUGGAUGCAGUGGCCUCGUGCCUGAGAUAGAUUAUCAAGGCAUCGAGGCGAGCCUGGACCAGUGGCAGGACUACUUCAUGCCAUGCAGACGUGGGACAAAACACUUAGCUCGGGCUAUCGAAGCAGGCCUUCGCGGAGAGGAGCUGAUUCCGGCAAUUCUUCAGGACUGUCGCGCGUGGAUGUUCAUGCGCCCGGAUAUGUGAGAUCUCACGGCCGUACAUUCUAUAAUGGUCACUGAGCUCUUUUGCACGACAGAUGGCCUACACCGUCGACGACCAAGCGAUCCUUUGUAUCCGGCGUGCGCCCAAGUCUGAACGGUGACUCCGUUCUCCCUGCCAUUGCUACACUCCCCAACGAGCUGAUCUUGCCAAUCCUCCGCGAACUCCCGCUUCACUCCCUCCUCACCCUCUCAGCGACGUGUCGCAGCCUUCACGCUAUGAUCACAGAGGUAGCGUUCUUCGAUCGCGUCCUCGUCGAGGCAAUCUCGCACGGCAGUCUACGAUGGAUCCUUCCGAUAGGGACCACACGCGGCGAGAAGCGGACCGCCUAUAACACCUUGCGGUUCUGGCUGUCCAAAGAGCACAGGCCGGAGGCCGCCCCUCCACCACCCGCCGGUGAGGAUGAAGACUUCGACAGUGAUAACGACGGCAACAAGAACACCUCGUCGCCUGCUGGGAGCCCCGUCCUAUCGAUUCUGCCGAUAAUCACGUCUCCUCAUCUCGACCGCAUAGCCUUCGUCCGGGCGUGCUGGGCAUCGGAUUCAAUGAUGAACCGACGGAGGCUAUGGGGACAGGUGAAACAAUUUGAGUCACUCUGGGUAGAUUAUCGGAAGCACGGGUGGCAGGUAGAUAGGUUCUACUCUCUCGACCAGCUCGUCGAGGAAGCAUGACUUGUGUAUCUGUAGACGUGGAUGUGCCAGCCUAUACGGAUACGACAGUAAUCUAUAUUCCAUUUAAUCUGAAUGCCACUCCAUAUGUACGCAUUCUGGAUAGAGACGAGCAUAGUCAUGAGAGAUAAGCAAUAUCAAAGUCAGUGGACGACGAACCUGAGUCUCAAGCUCGCGGGAACCAUCCACCCAGUGUGGUGUCGUCUUCAUUCCAGAAGUCAAAUUCGAGUAUCGACGGGUCUCGUAGACCCGAUAGCUUUGACACUAUGAAGGCAUCAAAUGCAGCGCGGUGUUCGGAGAAUUCGCCGAGCGUCGCGGAGGAGCGCCACAACCAGCGGACCUUGCGCAAGCGAGGCUUCUUGAGAAGCGUCGAGCGGAGCCAGAGAAAUUCAGAAACCAUGCUAUAAAGACAGCACAGGGCCCGAUUGACAUUGAGAUCGACCCAGCAGAAAAACGUGAUCGACUCGAGGGCAUCCGAGCAUUCGUCGAUGAGGCUUGGUGCAACCAAGAAUUGAUCUGCAGCGUAUCGUAUACCCUUCGUCAGCUCCAGUUGUGUGAUGAAGCUCAGGUGCGUGAGAGACCGCGCUGCACCAAUGUUGAGCUGGCGCCACAUGGCGGGCUCAAAGCCCACGCCUAA